UACCAUAUCAUUUUGAAACAAUGAGUUUGAACCCUGAUUUAAUCUUGUACACUUGCAUUGCCAAAGACACUACAAUUCUAGCUGAAUACACCUCAAAAGAUGCAUAUAGUGAUCUAGCUAUAAAGUGUCUAGAGAAAACGCCACCGUUUCAUUCAAUCUUUUCGCAUACUGUUCUUGGCAAAACUUACAUGUUUCACAUUGUACAUCCUUUUGUAUACUUUGGUAUAUUUGACGAGUCACUAGAGAAGCCCGAGUGUUUGUUGUUUCUCAAGAACGUACAAAAUGCGUUUAUUGAUAUGAUGGAUACUUGUGGUUCUGAUACCAUGAAGUCGCAUUGUUUUCAAAGAGAAUUUAGUCCGGUGUUUCACCAGCUUCUUGGUUUGGAUUUGGAAAUCGAUGCAGUGUCGUCGCCAGAAAGUUUGAAAGAUUGUCAUUCAGGGAGUUCAGAUUCUGUUAGAAGGAAGAAACGGUUAAACAAAGACGAAUUGGAAGAAGACAAAACAGACGUAUAUUCAGAUGAUGAUGUGAGUGUUUCGAGUGGGGGUAAGACACAAAAAGGGAGGUACAUUUGGAAGAAGCAAGUGUUGAUUGUGUUGACUAUGGAUUUGGUUAUUUGUGUUGGUUUGUUUGUGAUUUGGCUUUGUGUUUGCAAUGGUUUCCAGUGUGUUACUGAUCAUUAAGUGUAGUGUUAUUUAACUGUUGAUAGCCCUCAUUAUACUCUUAUACUUGUAAAUUGGUAAUGA